GCGGUGGCGGCAGACAGAGGAAGCAGCAGACCGCUCGGCUCGGCUCGGCUCGGCUCGGUGUGAAGCUCCGCGCUGUGAACGUUAGCUCCGGUGCUCUCACGGAAUUAACCCCCACACGGACCCGGCGGAGAGGGGGAGCAUCAUGGCGACGUUGGGACCGGACUCCGCGGCUCGUCCUCCGCUCGGUUCUCCUCCGUCGACCCAGAAUCUGCCUCCGAACCGCGGCUUGGAACGAGCCCUGGAGGAGGCGGCGGCCAGCGGCGUCCUCAACAUCUGCUCCCGGAAACUGAAGGAGUUCCCCCGGACUGCGACUCAGCACGACCUGAGCGACACGGUGGAGGCAGACUUGUCGAAGAACCGACUGGCAGACGUCCCCUCAGAGGUCUGUCACCUGGUUGCCUUGGAAACACUAAACCUGUAUCACAACUGCAUCAGGACCAUCCCAGACAGCAUCAUCACCCUGCAGUCACUCACCUCCUUAAACCUCAGUCGUAAUCAGCUGGGCUCCCUGCCGGCCUGUCUCUGUGGUUUACCUCUGAGAGUCCUCAACGCCAGCAACAACAAGCUGGUCUGUCUGCCAGAGACCAUCAGACACCUGCACAACCUCAUGGAGCUGGACAUCAGCUGCAAUGAGAUCACGGCUCUUCCUCGUCACAUCGGCAGACUCAAAGCUUUACGAGAACUAAACGUUCGUCGGAACCUCCUCUGCGUCCUGCCAGAAGACCUGGCUGAUCUUCCUCUGGUGAAGUUUGACUUCUCCUGUAACAAGGUCUCCACCAUCCCAGUGUGUUUCAGGAAGAUGAAGCAGCUUCAGUCGCUCCAGUUAGAAAACAACCCACUGCAGAGUCCACCCGCACAGAUCUGUUUAAAGGGAAAAGUUCACAUAUUCAAGUAUCUGAGCAUCGAGGCGUGUCGCAGUGAGAAGAUGCCCGACUCGCUCUACCUGCCCGUCAUAGAGCGACUCAGCCUAUCACGGCCCAGCACCGGCAGUGUGGAGGACAUGGAGCAGCAGAAGAAGCAGGACAGCGACUCAGGAGUCGGCAGCGACAACGGAGACAAGAGACUGUCUGCUACCGAGCCGUCAGACGAGGACAGUCUGAGUCUCAAUGUGCCGAUGAGCCACAUCACAGAGGAGGAGGGAAUCAGUAGAGACGACUCCAGUGAACACAUCAGCUCCUUGACAGCAGAUCCAAACUCCGACUCGGUGCGUCUGAUCGAGGAGAGUCCUACGGAGGCCCUGAAGGACCAGUUUGGCUACAGAGACUCGGCUCUCAGCACUCGCUUCGUCAACUACAUCAAGGGUCGGUCGGCAGCAGACUUCGACGAGCCCCUCAGGAUAGAAGAAGACUCACCGUGGCAAACAAAACAAACGUCGAAGGUCCCCGUGGGCACGGAGCUCCACAUUGACAUGAUCAACCAGCUGAAGGAGGCUGUGGAGCUGCUGCAGGAUCCCAGCAGAGUGACCACGGAGCAGGACGAUCUGUCUGGAGUCCGGCUCUACCCGGUGGAGAUGGUCACAGUGGAGGAGUCCCUCAAUGGUCAGGACAGCGAUGACGGCACCACCACACCAAAGCGACCUCCAGCCGCCGGACACCCAUCCUUCUCCAGUCCGCCGUUUGGACUGAAGCCCCGAUCAGCCCCGCCCUCGCUGCCCUGCUCGCCCCCUCCUUCCUGUCUCGACCCCUCCCUCCUCUCACAGGCCUCGCCCCUCCGUAGAGAUACACCGCGUAGCCAUGACGACGGAGGCUCGCACAGCCGCGUUUUCCUGCGGAGCCACAAGAGUCUGGAGUCUGUGGAUCCUCAGUUCACCAUGAGGAGAAAGAUGGAGCAGCUGAGAGAAGAGCUGGAGCUCAUGGAGCAUCUCAGAGACAGCAUCGAGAGCAGACUGAAGGUCGUCCUUCCUGAAGACCUCGGCUCGUCUCUGAUGGACGGCGUCGUGCUCUGUCAUCUGGCCAAUCACAUUCGUCCUCGCUCAGUCGGCAGCAUCCACGUCCCCUCGCCUGCAGUGCCCAAACUCAGCAUGGCCAAGUGUCGGAGGAAUGUGGAGAACUUCCUGGACGCCUGCAGAAAGAUCGGUGUAGCUCAGUCUUCCCUCUGUUCGCCCUACGACAUCACCCAGUGUCGCCUGCGGCCUGUUCGCGCCACGCUUCGGGCUCUGGUUGCCUUGGAUCCGACCUCCGUGGAAAGGAAACAGGAAGUGGCGAUCUCAGCUUCACACCCUGCGUCCUCCGCGGUGUCAGAGACUCCCUCAUUGGUUUCUGUCACCACUCAAACCCCGCCUCCCGCCUGGCAAAUCUGGGACCUCAUUGGCUCGAGCCUGGUUCACAUCCUCUGCCUCGUUCUGCUCUUUGUGGCCUAUAGCUGGAGCGAGCUGACGUAGCCGUGACAACAGCCUCCUGUCAAUCACCUGCUAGACCCGCCCCGUUUCUGUUCAGGCUCCUCCUCCUUCUUUUUGCUGCAUUUGUGUCACAUGGUAAUAAUCCUGAUCCGAUGUAAACAUGGAUCUUUGUAAUGGUUUGUCUCAGUCAUUCUGGCCGGUCCACAGUCCUGGAGUUCAUCAGGUCGAGUGUGUUUCCGUUUACGGGAUUUUAAAAGUCCAGUGUUUUAUUUAAAAAGUUAUAAAAUCAUCAUAAAAUCCUCUCCGUGCAGUUUUCAGUGGAUCAGCCAAUCAGAAGAGACGCUGACUGCUGCUGUCGCUCAGUUAAAUGUCAACUGGAUCUGGAUCUAAACUUUAGAGCCAGUUUCUGGUGUGAACCUCUGACCCUCUGGUGGCGUCGGGGUCAUCGUCCGGUGCAGCAGCCGUCGAACAUCUUACAUAGAUCAUCACCCCCACUCACCUCCUCUGCUGUGUUCACACUUCUCCUGGAGCUCAGGAGGAGGAAGAGAAAGUGAGUCUCCCUCUUUGUGUUCACACGUGAUCCUCCAGAGAAGAUGCAGAGAACCGAGGAGCUCAGUUCAUCUUCUGAAAGCAUCUGAACACAAAAGUCUCUUUUCCUUUGAUUCUCCAUCGUCGCCUCUUCGACUCGAGCUCUUUUGCAGAUUUUUUGAAAAAUUUGCUAAAGUUUGCUCCAUGUUUGGAUGUUAAAGGAACCUCCGUCGAUGUGAAGGAAAGUUUCUCAAUGUCACGUCAUUCGUCUUUAAAUGAACCGGGACUGUGGAAUUUAAACCUCAUCACACAUGAGCUCAUCUCAGUGAUGAUGAGACAAAACGAACAAAAGCAGAUUUCAUGACACUUGAAUUCAUCUUUAUUUGUGACAUGUGAUAUGAAUGCAGCAUCCCCCUGGUCCUCUGCUCCAUGUUGGGUUUCCUCUUCUGUUGGAAUCAGUCGGCUCACAGACGUCUUUGUGUCUUUGCACAAUAAUCAGACUUUGAAGCUCUGAACCGAAGCCGGAGGCUCAGAGGCUCAGAGGCUUCUUGAAGUGACUCACGUCUGAUCAACAUGUUGGACACAGAGACGUCUGAUCUGUGAUGUUCAGUCUCACCUCUCUGGAGACAGAUGGAGACAGAAGAACUGUCCCUGAGCUACAGUUUGUUACAGUUUCUAACCUGGUGCAGAACUCAGGUUAUUAACACGAGUAGAGAUUAAUACUGUGAACAGUAUUUAGCAGUCGCCUGGUGUCUCUGAGGUGAGAGUUUGACUUGAGCCGUUUUCAGACAUGAACUCAACAAAAUGUCCAGAUAAUGUUGUGUGGACAUGUUGUGUAAUCGGUGUUUGUGAAGCAGCAGCAGCAGGUUGUCGGGUCCGACUCGUUCACACCAACAGGAACAUUCAGGUCGAGGGGCGGAGCCUAAACACGUGUCUCCAUUAGAAUCAUUGAGUUUCUGCUUCAAGUUAAAUCAAGAAUGAAAAUACAGUAAAAACUUCCUCAUCAACUGAUUCUGUCACGUGGGGAUUCUAUUUUCAAAUUCAAUUAGAAUCCAAAUUUACAUGUAUUGUUAUAAUUAAUAUAUAAUAUAAUUCAUAUAAUAAUUUUACUAUAACAACUCAUAUUACUUUGUUUAUAUUUCGAAUAGAAUCAGAAAAUCAGACAGGAAUAAAAAACUCUAUCAUCCUCUGACACCAAGUCUUAGUUUAAGGAUUACAAUCAGAGGUCUGACCUCCAGGUGGCGCCGCUGAGCCCGGUUUUAUCCCAGAGACGUUUUCACGUUCUCUCUGAAUAUGAGACGUUUCACAUGGAACACGUUUAAUGUCCUGAACUGUAAAAGCACACGAGACGUUCGACGGCUCGAGUUGAAGGAGCCUGAAGCCAUAUCUCACUAGUUAUUUAUUAUUUCACUAGUUAUUUAUUAUCUCACUAGUUAUUUAUUAUUUCACUAGUUAUUGAUUAUUUCACUAGUUAUUGAUUAUUUCACUAGUUAUUGAUUAUUUCACUAGUUAUUGAUUAUUUGAUCACUUCCGUCAGGUGGAUGGUUUCAGUCUGAUUCAGGUUGAAUCCUGAAACCGUUUCCAUGAGUCUGAUGUGAUGAGCAGAACACCUGAAGGGCUACACACACUCCAUGAGCCUGAAGUUAGAUAUUAAUCAGUCUUCUUAAUAAAUAGAUGGUUUGAUACAGAUGAUUAACAGAAUAUUUACUGAGAGAAUUAAAAACUGAGGAAUGUGGAUCUUUUCUUUCCUCACUUUGAUGAAGUCCGUUUCCCUGGCAGCUGAUUGGUUCUUUGAGUUUAUUGCGUGUUCACUGAUGUUUCACCGUCACGUUGCAGAACUCGAGCUGAGUAGGAGCUUGUUUCUACGACGACACGCACGAACGUGAUUAUUCCAGUUGUUGAUUUUACUUUCUUCUGCUCACUGACUCUUGCAGUAAACUCUUUCUGUCGUUGCCACAUUCCCUGCACAGAUUCUUUUUUAACUUUGUGCUGAUGUGUGGAUUUUCUGUGUGAGGGAAGUAUUUUUAAGAUCAGUGUAUUUGAACGUGUGAAAGUCUGAGGUAAUAAAUACAGUUUAGGGAUCAAGUGUUGGUUCCAGUGUCUUUGUUUUAAGGUCGAGAUUUUAAAGUUUUAAAUUAAACAUCAAAUUGUUUCCUCUCUUUAUUCAAGAGUGAGAUCUUUCAGUUUUUUUGCUGAUUAAACAAAUGAGAUUUUACAUCUUCAUUAAAGUUGCUCUAGUUUUUUUAACUUCCGAUCUUCGUGCCAAGUAGAAAAGAAACUUCCUUUAAUCUCAGGUUUUCUCAGUUUGUCUUGAGCUGUUUAUAAAUACAUAUAUAAAUAAUAACAUCAUAUUAUUAGCGGCUGUGGCUAGUUCCUGAAAGCAGAGCUGGUUUCUACGAACUCAGAAAGUCUUGUUAGAACAGAUCAGUUGUUUUUUACAUUUAGUUCUUGCAGGAAACCUCCGUGAGUCUAAACCCUGUGUCUGGCCUCUGCUCCUCUACACUCUGGUCUCUGUCCGUCUGUCGUUCUCUUCCUUCCUUCCUUCCUGCUCUGCUCUUCCAGGACCAACUGUGUCUUCCUCACCACAUCCUGGAGGAGAAGGGUCUGAUGAAGGUGAGCGUCAUGGUGCACGCUCUGUUGGACAAGGCCUCCCCCAAACACGCCCUCCUGACGUGAGCGAGCAGAGACGGGCGGAGCUUCCACCGACCAACACGUUCAACAAACGCACGCCGGUAUCGACACGCCGACGCUCCGGCGCCACCUCCGAGGCCGCUCUGCCUCCUUCCCAGUAACAGAGUGUUUUUAUAUAUAUUCAAGGAUGCAAAAUGGUUUUAAACGAACUAAACUGAUUUAUGUACUAAUUCACACGAGGGAACUUCUGGGUGAAUCAGAAUCUAACAAGCAGACAGAUUGAUGGAAGAGCCAGUGUCUGAUUGGACGAUGUAAACCAAUCAUUUCUUCAGGUAAACACGAGAAACACAAACAGCUGAAGGUUAAAAAUACAACAACGAUCAUAUAUAUAUGCAGACGAUCAAUGACUCUAUAUGAAGAUGGAUGAUUCCUCUUCCUCCCACUGAACAGACAUGAAGCCAAAAUAUUUCAGAUGUGGAAACUGACAUCUUUUGAAGUGUUGCCAAAGUCUCAGUCUGUUUUUAAAUAUCAGGAAAUAUAUUAAAACCAAACUUAUCAGAAACAUGAACAUUUGGAAAAUAUUUAUUUCUGGUGUAUUUAGAUUUAUUUAGUUUGAACCAGGUCCUAUGUACUAACAUGGAGGAGGCGGGUUUAUACCGCAGCCGCCCAGCAGGCGGAGAUCCAGAUGUUUUGGCUUCAUGUCGUCCAUCUUAACUUCCAGUCCACAUCAGGACACAGUAUCAGGGCCACUGGGGAAACUUCUCAAGAAUAAAUUCUAAAUUAGUUUGAGGGAAAAAGUUACAUUUUGAUAAAACUCUGAAAAGACCAAGUCAAUAUUUGAGAUUUUAUUUGAUGAGGAAAUAGUUGAAAUGUAAAAUUAUGAUAAAUUCGUAGUUUUACUUCAAUAGUUUGAAAUGAAUUAGUAAUUUUACAAAUGUGGCUUUAGUCUUGUAAAAUACGACUUUCUUCUCUUCAAUUUUGAUUGAUUUUAUUUUCUAAAAUCUUCUUAGUAUAAUGCCAUAUCUUUUAUAUUUCUUUUCAUUUGGUUCUCAUGAUAUGACGUAUUAGUCUUUAAAAUUGUCUAAAUUCAUUCUAAUUAUUCUCAACAACGUGGCCCUAAUACUCUGCCAUACUUAUUUUUAAACGUGGCAUUAAAUCUAAACGAGCACUUUGUCUUUUUUAACAUUUAGUCUGAAACGUUUGUUGCAUCAGGACAAACUUUCUUCUUUCACCUGAUCUGUCGAUUUAUCGUCUCAGUCUCCUGAAGAGAAUUAAACCAAACCAGUUCGAACAUAGAGGGAGAAACGUUUUAGCCACAAUUCUAUUUAAAGAAAAACAUAUUUAUGAUGUAAAGAGAAGCUGAUGAGUUGUUGUAAACAUCCCAAAAAUAUUUUUCUCUAAUAUAUUUUAGGUAAAAGUCUUUGUUUUAUAAAGUGUCUGUGGAGGCGCGAGCUCGUCGCUGCAGCCGCGGCUCCACUUUCAUGUUUCUGGAGUUUUCUCGUCGUCAGAUUUUCACGGAGGGAAAACGAUCCUGAAAGUGUUCGAGGAUCUUUGUCUGUGAAUCUAAAGUUUGUUCACUGCGAGAUGCAUUCAUAAACUUUGUUCAAAUAUCAGCAGCAGCUUCUGCAUCCAAAACGUUUCAUUUGCUUCUCGUGUCUGAGCUUCGACCCUCGACCCUCGAGUCUGAACAUCGUGUGGAAGCUGCACAGUAAAUCUGUUAAAACACUUUUUUCCUCAAACACGAUCAGAGCAGAAAUAAAACGUAACAUUUACACUGGAGCCGGAGACGUCGCCAUUUUUCCUCCGUUCCUCUUCCUGUCGCCAACAUUACCCAGAGUUCAAUGACAUGAUGAAUUAGCCUCCGGGGGCAGCAGACAGUACGUAGUUGCCUCCGGUGUCGACGGACUCUGGAGUUGUGAGUUCGUGACCUCGCACUCGGCCAGAUUCAAAGUUAAAGAGAAAACCUCCUGCGAGGAGUCUACGUGUCCACUAGGUGGCAGAAUUCAUCGUACAUUUCACAGUUGCCAAAACAUUUUCUUCUCUCUUGUGAUAGUUUUUUUUAUUUAAAUGUACAUAUUGUUUAUCACAAGUAUUUCCUGUUGAAUUAAUAUUCAGUAUUUCUUCAUGUUCUGUAUAUUUCACAUCAGCUAAGAUUUCAUAUAAUCCAAAAGUAUUUCAACACUAUGGGCAGCUCGGAGAAACACAAACACACCACGUCGUAAAUAUAUUUCAUAUAUCCGAUAAUAAAUUAGCAUCUGGUAACAGUAUUAUGUUUUUUCUUUUGGCUAAAAUCUGUAAAAUCAUUUUUAUUAAAUCUUGAACGCCUGCUGAAGUCAAAACCAUCGACUGUGAAAACAGAUGGUCGACACGUCUCCACUAACAAACACUGGAAAAACCAGUGAGAUAAGAACGACCUAAAACCACAGAAACAUCUUUGACAAACAUUUAUUUCACGUCUAGAUGGAUUAUUUUUGGUUUGGUCCGUGUCCCAUCUGCUAACAUGGAGGAGGGUUAACGACCGAUACUGCAGCCAGGGGGCGACAGGUUGAGCUGUCAUGUCGUCCAUCUUCAUUUAGGCUGUGGUUAAGUAUCAGGAUCAUCGUGGUAAAACGAGCUGAAAGUGAAAUAACGACGUCACUUAGAUUUUCUGUAAAUCUGUUUCCACGUCUACGUUUUCUACGUUUGUAUAAUCACAGAUUUCACUGACGUAUCCUCGGUGUUUUGGGGAAAAGCAAUAGAAUCAACACAGCUGCUUCCUCCGACAGAAUCUGCACUUUAAACUUUUUAAACUUCUCUAUUUAUAUCUUUGUUUUGGCAACUGAGAAAAUCUUCACUCACCUAAAAUCUGAAGCGAAGGAUCAAACUUUUACAAAUGUGACGCUGAUGUAAAUUGUGUAAAUGUGGUGUGAAAAUCCUGCUGAACACAAAGCAGUGUUGUUCCUGUUUUUUGUAAAUACAGUUGUAAACUGUGCAGAAACGACCUGCGCUCACAUUUUUCUACUUUUCUGACCAGGAGGAAAUUUAUUUUUGGGGUUUGUUGAGAUUUUGAUGUAACGCACCCUUUUGUAACUCUUUGUGAGCCUUUUGUGUAAUUUGUUGUACAGCAACUGAUUUAAAUGCAUGAAAUGUCCCUUUAAUGUCGCCUUAACUGCUGUGAAUACUGUAAAUACUGUAAGUGUUUCUCAUCACUUCAUCAGUAAAGACCUCAUCUGUCAAA